UAAUACUUGACGCUAAUGGUUGAACUACAGCCUUUAGUUGUGGAAGCCGAACCGGGGAUUUAUAACGCCAGUGUGGACGGAACCGAGCAGGCGGGCCGAGACGUGUCGUCGCCGGGGGUCGUCGCACCGUGAUGUCCUGACGGCGAUGUGAGGAACCCUGUCGGAGUCCGAGGGCGCCAUUAAAACCGUUUCAGACGACAGUGGACUCACUCCGCAGCCGCGCAGACUGGAGAUUAAAGAGGUAGAAACAACGCAAUGGUUUCACAUUUACCAGUCUCCUGAUAACUUAUCUCAACCCACAGCGAGAGCCCCGCAGUAAGCUGGCAUCAGGAGUGAGGAAUACUUAAGUUUAAAGCUUCAGUUCAACAAACAGACAUCAUGUCUUCCCGGGAGCGUCGGACAGACGUCUAUAUCAAGGCAGAACCGAGCAGCCCAGAGGGAGGCGGGGGAGGUCGGACCAGCCCCGGUGGGGCCUCUUCAGACUCUUCUCAAAGCGGAGGCGGAGGGACCAGAGGAGAUGCCACUAAGCGUUACUCGCCGCCACUCUACACGCCAGCUCUGCGUUGUCAUUUUAAAGACGAGAGCGGUGAUGGAGCAGAGGAAGGCUCCACUGGAAAUGGAGCCGGGCGCUGCAAGUAUGCCCUCAGCACACUGCCCAAGAGGCUGUGUCUUGUAUGUGGAGACGUAGCUUCAGGUUAUCAUUACGGCGUGGCAUCAUGUGAGGCCUGCAAAGCAUUCUUCAAGAGAACAAUUCAAGGUAACAUUGAAUACAGUUGUCCAGCAUCCAACGAGUGUGAAAUCACCAAACGGCGCAGAAAGGCUUGCCAAGCAUGCCGCUUUACCAAGUGCCUCAAAGUAGGCAUGCUGAAAGAGGGAGUUCGCCUCGACAGGGUCAGAGGUGGAAGACAGAAGUACAAAAGACGCCCCGAAGUGGAGAACGCCACAUACCAGAGUGCCCCUCUACCGCUAACUAAGGAGAGCGAAAAAGGUUCCUCCAACAUCAUCGUGUCUCAUCUUCUAGUGGCAGAGCCUGAAAAGCUGUUUGCCAUGCCCGACCCUCUGCAGCCUGACACAGCCCAGCGCACGCUCACCACGCUCUGUGACCUUGCUGACCGCGAGCUGGUUGUGAUCAUCGGCUGGGCCAAACACAUUCCGGGCUUCCUGUCACUCUCUCUCGCAGACCAGAUGUCAGUGCUGCAGUCGGUGUGGUUGGAGGUGCUGGUUCUGGGUGUAGCGUACCGCUCGAUCGGCUGUGAGGACGAGGUGGUGUUCGCGGAGGAUUUUGUCCUUGAUGAGGAGAUGUCGCGCGUUGCUGGACUGACGGAGCUAAAUGCAGCGAUUAGCCAGCUCGCCCGCCGCUUCCGUGCCCUGAACGUGGACCGGGAGGAAUUUGUCAUGCUAAAAGCCAUCGCACUCACAAAUUCAGACUCUGUUUACAUCGAGGACAUGGAAGCUGUGCAGAAGCUGCGGGACCUCCUCCACCAGGCCCUGCUGGAGCUGGAAUGUCAGCGGCGCCCAGAUGACCCCCAGCGGGCGGGACGUCUCCUUUUAACAUUGCCUCUCCUCCGACAGACUGCUGGCCGUGCUCUCACCACGUUCUACAGCAUCAAGACCCGUGGUGGCGUACCCAUGCACAAACUAUUUCUGGAGAUGCUGGAAGCCAUGAUGGACUCUCCUUAGAGCGAAAAGAAGGAAGAAAUAAAGAGGAUGCAGAGAAAGACCCAACAGAUAUCUGGUCUUCAAGAGUGGAUGAGUGGUUUAUAAAAACAGAAAGCUUUUAUUAGAGAACCAAUAACGAGGAAAUCAUGCUUUUCCGCUUCUGCGCAAAAUGGAAAAAGAAAUUGAUGUGAGAGGAGGAAACCUAAUUUCUAAUUAACAGUAAGAUGUAACUGCCAAACUUCAGUAGAAGGCUCCAAGACAUGCAACAUAAAGCUUAGAAGUCUUCUGGCAUUUAUUUACUUGAUGGUAUGCUUUAUAAGAGCAUCAGUCUGAAGUUAUUUAACCACUGAAGAACAACUUUUAGGUACCCAAGGACUGACUGCAUUCGUGUACAUUUUGAACUUUUUAAAGAUAAAACAGCAUCUGCUGAUGAAAGCCAUAACACAUCUGGCGAAAGGCUUGUGGGUCCAGUAUGCAGUGAAAUUGAAAUACACAUGAAUUGUUUGUAUUUACUAUAGUUUAGUUUGCCGCCAUUGGCAAACCAUAGGAAUUACUUGCAAUAUGUCAAAAGCAAUAUAAUGUAUAAUGACUCGAUUAAUGUCUGUCGGAUUCAAAAUGUGGAUAACUGGUGAGACGUCCGUUAGUAUGUGUGUAUUCGUGGCUCUUUGGGCCCCAAGUGCUAAGUAUUUUUUUUUUUUUUUAGUAGAAACUGGUUUGGCGAGGGACGCUAGAUGUGUGGGUUUUAAGAGUGUAAGGGGAGGAAAAGGGGGAGAAAAAAAAAACGGUAGCACUUUGGCGGUUAGGAGCCACGGAUGUCGAGUGCAGAAUACUUUAUCAAAGCUUGUGCAAUGAAUUUGUAGUCCAGGAGACGUGCAUUUGAAGAUGGCGCAUCCAUAAAAUUCUCUACGUGAACGUGUUGUAUGUGAAUCUAAAUGAAACUCUAAAGUUUGGUUUCACGUGAGUUUGUAUUCAUAAACGGACAAAACCAGAAGGAAACGAACACAACUCUGACUGUAAAGCUAACGUGGCAACAGCAGUGAUUCAGUGAAUCAUUUUAAAAGCAGUCUGCUUUUUUUUAUACUCCCCUCCUCCACUGGAAUCACAGUUUGACCUUUUAACUGUGUUCAAAAUAUGGUGGGUCUUGUUUCAUAUGUGGUCUGUAAUGUGUAACACUAACCUAUAUGGCUGAUUAUGUAUAUGUGGUGAGGUUUUUACUGCAUUUUCUGCAGUAGUGAAGGACGUUGCAUAAAAGAUCUCAGUUGUUUGACUUCGAGAUCCUUUUGUCCUCCUCUUCCUCCUCCUCCUCCUGUGGAUGCACAUCAACUGAACUUGAACUUGCAAGUGCCCUGGAAUGGGCUCAGGGCUACGAGAAAUGCAACUUAUGCAACAUCUUUCUUUAGGAUGUUGAAACCUUGUCUGAUCGAAUCCCGAACGUCCUAAUCUUUAUUCAGAAGGUUUGUAUACUACAGUAGAAAAGAUCAUUACGAUCAGCUUCACAUGCAGCGCUAAAGUAAACUGAUGAAAACAUCAGAUCCCUGAAAAUAUUUAGCGGCCAAACGGUCAUAACUCUUUUAGCCAUGUACAGUUCCAUAUAAAUAAACAUGCAAUGUGUGAUGGAAGAUGAAAAAGCCAGCAUAAGUGAUACCAGUUCCCCAUUACAGUGGUAUUUGUUCAGCUUACAGUGGGCUGAUGUUUGUAAAGACUUGAAUCCUGCUUUUUCAUACAGUUUCCUUUGUAGGACAUAAGGGUAUUUUAUUUACAUACACUUGACACUUGUUAUGAGUUUGAUAUUGAAACUGGGCUUUUCAUUCAGUUGCUUUUCCUUUUUUUUUCUUCCUUUUUUAACAGUGCUGUGAUUUAUGAGGUCGAUUUGUUAUUUUAGGGAUCAGUUUGCAUGGCUCUGUAGAUCCGGUGGCAUGGUUAGAGCUACAAAAGGCUACCUCAGUAGGCAGCAAAAGCCAGACCGCCAAAUAACUGUGGAGGCAAAUGUAACUCGAGCUGUGGAAAUUUGUCAUGUUAAAUCUGGAUAUUCUGAAUGCCUUUGCAGCAAUGCAUACUUCUAAGUUAAUUUGGUUCUGUUGGUGUAAAUUUGAGAUGUUAAAAGGCUCUGUAAUCCUACUUUUGAGUGUUUCAUACAGCUGGUAUGUUCGGAUUCUGGACUGGUAUAUGUAAGUGCUACAUUUACAAAAAAAAAAAAUGGCUGUGGAGCAGUAAUAGAUAUCUGGUAGAAUGCAACUCAUUUUUCUUUUUCCCUAAGUUACAGUUGUCCCCUUUUUUGAAAAAAAAAAGAAAAGGAAAAAAAAAGUAUUGGUCUGUGAUUUGUUUUCUGAUUAAUUUGCACACACAGUUCUCAAAUUUCUGCAGCAUAUGUAACUACAAAUGCCGGGGUCAAAUUAGAGCUGCUUAUGUUCCUUUGUGUUAAAUUGGUCAUAUAUGCAAAGGCAGAUAUUUUUAUUUAAUUUUUCUUCUCACCAUUAGCAGAAUGUGUGUUUUUGGUACGAUGGGUGGAGGGUUGGUCACUUGCAUUAUCACUAUUCAAAUAUACAGUCAUUUGUAGGUCCUAUUACUAAUGUGCACAUUAAUAUAAAUGAGCAAUACAAUAAAUUACCAAACCUCACACAUUUCCUUGUAUAGCCACAGUGUACAUUUAACAUUGCCAGUUAUAAUUACGAAUAGCUACUAAAUGUUAUCUUAUUUAGAAAUUCAAAUCAAUGUUUGUAUUUUGAAAGACUAUUUAAAUGAUUAAAUUCUAUUUUUUACUCAAUUUACUGUUGUUUGUUGACACUGCUUUAUUUUUGUGUGUGAUAAUGGCUGUGAAUUUCUGUGUGUAGGCUGUUUUUUUGUUUUUUUUUUUCAUUUAGAUGAAACAGUUUGAUGUCCUUGUCUAAACAUGUCCUCAUUAAAAUUCACUGUGAAAAAAGUGAGCUCCUCCACUGUCCGAGUGGAUUAUUGUAGGUGCUUUGUGUUGUGUAAUAAAUGACGCACCACCACUGCA